CUUCCCCCUCCUUUCCCUGGGCAGGAAACGGUCAUCGUGGAGCGCUGGUGGAAGGUGCCGCUGAGCAAGAUUGGCCGCGAGCCUCGCAUCAAGCACCGCCGGUUCAAGGUCUUCCGCCUGAUAGAGGACACCAAGCACAGCCCUAAACAGCCGAUGGAGCUCCUUCUCACGGAUUCGGUAGAGGGUCUGGGGGUCCGCGGCGACCUCGUUCUCGUGGACAAGUCCUACGGCCGCAACAAGCUCCUUGCCAACAACCUGGCCAUUUACCCGUCUCCCGAAAACAAGAAGAUGCUUGAGGAGGAAAUGAAGGACGGGAAUCUGGCAAAAACCCAGACGCAAAGCGGCACAAAGACCGUACGUUUCCUGCAAACCUGCCACCUAGAGGUGGGGAUGAAGAACAAUGUCAAGUGGGAACUGACCCCCGAGAUUGUAGCCCGCCAUUUCCUCAAAAACCUCAAGGUCAUGGUUCCCCCAUAUGCCGUGAAGCUGCCGGAUGAGCCCAUUACUCGGUGGGGCGAAUACUGGUGUGAAGUCACGGUCAACGGCCUCGACACGGUCCGGGUCCCCAUGUCGGUGGUGAGAUUCAUGCUGCCCAAGACGAAACGCUACAAGCACUGGCUGGCCAACCAAGAGGCCCUGAAUGCCUCCACCGCCUCUCCGUGACGCCCUCUUAGGCCCCGAGGAGAUUGGCGGGCGGGAAGACUCUCGAGCGCGGAAACGCUCUGCACAAAAUAACCGUUUUUCACAACCGCUCUGCACAAAACAACUCCUAGAGCGGAGCCUAUCACCUCCGGGCAUCUGGACAGCAAGCCUGGAACGUUUGUGGAGGCAUUGGAAAGGUAGUACUGGAGAGUGGUCGUACGAGGCGUGUGUGUGCGUGGAGGGAUGAGACUCCCUUUCGCCCAGUUUCCCUCUCUCUGCCAAGUGGAUGUUCCUCUCUUGGGUGGGGGUUAUCAAGGCAGAUCUGGGUUAGGUUAUUAAACCGCUUCACGCCUUUCCCAAUUGCAGAAGUCCGGAGCGGUUUUGAAUCAUAAUAAAAAUAUUUCUGCCACCCC